GGUCGUUUCUCGUUCGAUUUUGUCCCGUGUAUACGCCGUUUACAAAGUUACCGCAGAUCAACCGUGAAAAUGAUCGCGACGUGAAUUUCGCCGCACGGCCACACGGGGUGUUUUUUUCUCUCUUUCUCCGUCUCUUUUCUUUCGUGCGGCGAUAACGAUUGUGCACGGUUAUUCUCGGUUGAUCCAGGAGGAUGCAGCGCAUCGCGGCUCUACUGGCUCUGCUCGCCUGCGUGUCGGCACCUGCUCAUGGCCAAGAUGGCGAUCUCUAUUUUUCGGUGAGCCCCGCGGAACACUCGGUUGUCGAAGGACUUCCAGUUCGCUUGAGAUGCGAGGCUCAGCCGAGCUCGCAUGUUAAAUAUUCGUGGAAAAUAGACGGACAGCCCCUCGCUCCCAGCCCACGAAGGCAUCAGGUCGAGGGUGAUCUUUAUAUCACUAGGGUCAAUCGAAUCUUGGACAGUGGGAAGUUCGUUUGCGUGGCCACACUCGAGGAAACCGGCUAUUCGAUCGAGAGCUCGCCUGCCAAGAUCGACGUUCAAUGGAUCAGCGAAGCAAUCGUACAGCUGCAGCAACCGAAAUUGCCGUCCACGAUCCACGUGGACAACGAGAUCGAGCUCCGGUGUCACGUCGACGGUUCCGGCGACAUGAAAUACGAGUGGUUCAAGAACACAGUGAGCGUGGCGAAAAGCGAUCGUGUCGAGAUCAAGAAAAAGAAACUGCACAUACACAGAGCAAUUCCAGAAGACAGCGGCAUGUACACCUGUGUGGCCAAGAAUGAGGCAGGAGCCUCGCCAGUGACUGACAGCUAUCCGUUAAUCGUUUCCGGAAAUGAGACUGCAACGAUUAAGGAUGUUCCGAAAAACCUGAUUACUAAACGCGGCGAACCGGCUAUUUUGCACUGUGUCUUCGAGAACGCCGACGAGGUGCAGUGGUUCUUCAAGGAAAUCGGUCCGCUGGAAUCCGACGAGGAGCGGACGAUCUUCGAGAAUGGCACUCUCUUAAUACGCGCCGCCGAUCUUAGAGACCAGGGAUUCUAUUCCUGCCAUGGAAUAAGGGACGAGACCACAGUCAGUUAUACGGUCGAAUUACAAAUUGCCUAUUUGCUGAACUUUUCGGUAGCUGCUUUCGAACCAAAACGUCCAACUCAACUGGCGAUUGUCGGUGAGGAUCAAGAAUUCCAAAUAAGUUGCCUAGAGCCCUUAGGGCUUCCUUCGCCCAAAGUUUACUGGAAAGAUCCCACGGGACAUAUUAUAAGUGAUACCGGUCCCGUACGCGUUCAAGAUAACACGCUCAUCAUCGCGAAGGCACGAAUGGGUGAGGACGACGGCAAUUAUACUUGCGUGGCCGAGAAUAUGGCCGGUGAAACGGAUAUAUCCGUCCAAAUAGUUAUAUCAACCCCGCCAAGUAUAAUAAGCUCCCCAGAGUCGCUCAGUGUGAUGGAAGGUGAUCCCGUGACACUAACUUGUUCGUAUUCCGGCAUGGAGCCGCCGAUUACGCAUGUGCAUUGGUUGAAGGACGAAGCGCAGCUGAAGGAAUCGGGCGGUCCGACAAGAUACCGCGUGACCGAUAAUCAUGGCAAUGUUACGCUGCAUUUCAAGAGCGUUGACCUGUCUGACAAAGGGCACUACAUGUGUCAAGUAUUCACCACGGGUUUCCCGUCUCUGUUUUCGAAACCGGCCAUUCUCACGGUUGAAGAGAAGCUUAAAUUCUCACCACAACCCGUCAAUAAACGCCUAGAGCUUGGCUCUACAGCGAAGGUAUCGUGUAAGGCCCAGGGUGCCACGAACCCCACGGUAAAAUGGGUCAAGGAAGGCGAGGACGAGGAAUUUCCCAAACAUGUUCAGGAUAUUAACGGCACUCUACACUUCAACGGCGUAUUGGAGGAGGACAAAGGGCGAUACACUUGUAUCGCCAGCAAUGCUCAAGGGUCCAUCAAUCACACGAUUAGCAUUGAUGUAGUUAUCGCGCCGAAAUUUACGGUACAACCACAAAAUCCAACGGAGGCGAUUGAGGGAUAUCCAGUGAUGUUGCACUGUGCCGCCGAGGGUGAUCCUAAACCGACCAUUCAAUGGGAUAAAGAUUCUCGCAUGAACAAUUUAGAUAAUCCUCGAUUCGAAGUAUUAAGUAAUGGAAGUUUGUACAUUAAAGAAGUAUAUCUUAGUGACGAGGGGAAAUACGGAUGUACCGCUGGCAAUAGCGGUGGUUUAAAACGAGAGGAAGUUCAAUUAAAUGUAAAAGCUGGAGAUAAUUAUAGAGCUGAUAUGGAUCUAGAGGCUUCUGAUGAUGGAACGAUGAUGACUAAGACUGUAACGAUUACUCUUAGCGCAGCCGCGGGCUAUAUGGUGCUUGUCGUUGGACUCAUGUUAUAUUGUCGCUAUCGCCGUCGUCGCAGGAAGCAACAAUACCUACAGGAACAAACAGAAGAAAAAAUAGAGAAUGGUGAUGUACAGGAGGAACAGACAGAAUUGAAGGAAACCGGGAAUAAAGUAAAUUCAACAAAUAAGAAGAAGGAAAAUCGCGAUUCUCAUAACAAGAGUGACGGCGCAGAUACAGCUCACAGCCAAAGUAGUAAUCAGUCUAGGAAAUCUAAGUCGAAUUAUGAUAAAAUUGCCGCUUCGCGCAGCAAUCUAAAGGAAUUGAAGCCUCUUGGUCGGGGAGAAUUUGGUGAGAUUUAUUCUACGAAAUAUCAAGUUGAUGGCGAUAAGGAAUCCUUGGUCAUGGUAAAGAGUCUGACAAACACGAAAGACGAGAUUGCUCUUCAAGAAUUUAAACGGCAUUUGGAUCUUGUUCAUAAACUUAAUCACGAGAAUGUCGUCAAGUUGAUUGGUCUGUGUCGAGAGGAAGAGCCCGACUAUAUGAUUUUGGAGUACACUGAUUGGGGCGACUUGAAACAAUUCUUGAUUGCCUCACGAAAGGAUAACAAUUCUAGCCCAACGCACGAAACGAAAGUACCACGCGCACCUCAAUUGUCAGUGGCGCAAAUACUUUCACUAUCGAAUCAAGCUGCGAAGGGCCUAAAACACUUAGCCGAUAAUCGAUUAGUGCACAAAGAUAUAGCCGCGCGCAAUUGUUUGAUCGCCAGCAAUUUGACGAUCAAGAUCUCGCUACCAUGCAUGACCAAAGAGCCGUACCAACAAGAAUAUACGAAACAUCGGAAUCAGAUAAUUCCGCUGAGAUGGCUGCCCUAUGAAGCAGUGUACGAGGACGAAUACUCUACUAAAAGCGAUGUGUAUUCAUUCUCGUGUUUGGUUUGGGAGAUGUUCCACCAGGGCGAGUUGCCAUUUAAUAAGAUGAACGAUGAGUCCGUGUUAACACAGCUCAAGGCGCAAACGCUCACGUGGAAACCGCACAAAGCAGCGCCACCGGCUCUUCAAGAGCUGCAAACUCAAUGCUGGGCAAACGAUCCACGUGAGAGACCGACCUUUGAUGAGGUUGUAUCGAAAAUAGGCGAAAUUGUGGUCGAUAGUUGCCUGUAGGCUAUUAUCGCGAUCUAUUUGUACGAGGCUCUGAAUAUUGGAAAUACUGCAAUAAGGGUAAUGAUUGUGCGGAGCUGUAUAUCGAGAGGUAAGGCUGACGAGCGCCGAUGACUACGCGGUAAUGAUCUCUCCCAUAUGAGGAGGAGGGACCCGAGAAAGCCGCGGUUUCGCGCGAGAAUAAUUAACCGGCUUUCAUGUUAAACGCUUCGUAUCGAUUAUAUAUGCAUAAUGAAUUAUAGGAAACCCUACUCUUUUGCAAAAAGAAAAUGCUUGCUCAUUAAUCAUUGAAUGAGACGAGAAUUAUAUGUCCUAAUGACAUCGUCGCAAAUCGUGAUGUAUAGAUUUUACGCAGAAUUUAAUAUUUCGCAUGCGUGUCAUUAUUUAAUCCACGUCAUUGCAUAUAAUCAAGUGAAUUUCCUCCAUCUUCACUUGGAGGAAAGUUUUGAUAUAUUUUAUGGAUCUCAUUUGAGAAAUCAUUGCAUCAUAUUUUGUGCAAUUUUGGAUUUUUCUAUCGUUCCGCGAAUGUUCAUUUUCCAAAAUCGCACUAGCGAAAUCUCCCACAAAUCUCCGAAUUGUAUGAUCAUUGAACGUUAUAUCUUGAUCUCCUCUACUGCUUCCCUGUUAUAGAUUAUGAAAUAGAACGAGAUAAAAUCAUUGGUUCCGCAAUAAUUAUUCAUAUUACAGUAUUUUGUCACGCCCACUAGCUCGGUAAGAAAAUCAUAUUUAUUUCGCAUCUCCGCUCCAAUGACUGUUCUUCUAUCGUUGGACUAAGUAAUAAUCUGUAUGGACCCAUACACGUUAUUAUGCAAUUAAUGCAAUAUUUAGUAUACAGUAUCGAUAUAAUAAUAAGUAUCAUCACCACACAUCGAAUACUCAUAAGAUACGUUAAUUGUUAGGUGAGCCGAAGCCGAAAAUUGAUAAAAGAAAUGUUCAAUCGGAUCGUACGAAAUUACGCGGACGAUCUCGACUGAACGUUCGAUGAUCGGACUCGGCGCUGCAAUGACAUGCAUAUUAAGAAAGUAUCACGACCAUAUCAAAUGACGAAGAAAAUCUUAUCUCUGCCUAUUUACUUCUACACCGCUAAGACAUAAAAAGAAAUCUUUUAUAACGUAUAUUAUUUAUAACGUAUAUAUUUAUGUGUGAUAAGAACGCAAUCGACCACUCGUAUUUGACGAAAAAGACGGCCUUGUACAUAUACCGAUGGUAUGCAAGUAUACAUGUAAGUUGUUUUCUUAAAGCGCGAAAGACUAGCAUAAAUCAUCGUGUUAAUUUUCAUUAAUAUGAUCAUUCGAAUCGAUGGCUUUUUAUUAAAGAAUUUCGUAAAGAAGUUUCGUACAUAUUGGUAUCAGAGGAUGAAAAGAUCAUGGCGCGUACAGCUAAAUGCUGGACACGCGAGGAAAACGAUAACGAUAAAACGGCAUAUACAGAAUGAAAAACGCUUGAAAAACCUAUUUUUACAUGCGGAAAUUAGAAUCGAUCGGAUCAGAGACGAAGUAUCGCUCGCGAUAUUUUUGCAUUCGGGAUCUACGAUUUGAUAAGUAGCGCGAACAAUCUAUGUAUUUGACGCGAUGGUCCAAUAAGAGGGAUGUGCUGAAUAUAUAUUCGACUCCGUAUCCGAUUUAUACAACGAAUAUUAAUGUUUAUAUUUUAACAGUACGUAAGUUUUAACGUCGUCCCUAUUUUUGCAUUUAAUUCUACUGUAAGAGAGAUUGUAAAGGAGAAAACUCGCGAGGCAAUUAUGGUGCGCACAGUCGCUUCUUCCAUUUCAUUCAAGAACUUCCGUUGAUGCUUCGUAAGCCAAGUGUUUGCAGGGUACAGAGAAAGAACCACCGGUAAAGGUAACAGCUUUUAAGUCGUGCGAGAUAGACAGCGUUAGAGAAAUGCUCAUAAUGGAAAAAUAAUCGUAUUGCUAUAACUUGUUUUACAUUGGAUAUUACGAGUACUUACCGCUUUUAAUAAUUUUUGAAGAAUUAAAGCGCGCAUAGAGCCGUACAAAAUCAGCCAAAUUCAGUUUCGUCGAUCGGCAAUGCAGUUCAGUAGAGCUUCACGUGUGAGUAUAUUCUAUAAUAUUCUACAUGAAAGUACUUACAGCUUUUGAAACAAAAAAGUAAAGAGUAAAUGUCGAAAGAUUUGCAUUUUAACAGGUAUAAAACAAUACCUUCGGUAAGAAAUAUGAUUUAUUGGAUUGUGAAUAAAAUCAAUCGUGCAACUUGUUUAAUUUAAUAUGCAGCAACGAAAAGAACUGAAUGCGGAAUCGAUUGAAAGGAAUAGAAAAGAAAUAGAUCAAUGAAACGAGGUUGUUUUAAUAUAUGUUUGAUAAUUCAUUCAAACAUUCUCUUUUGAGAAUUUCUACUUCUCGGAAAAAUUUGAUAUUUCUUUCGAGGAGUAAUUAUGAGUGACUCUUCGGCUCUGUGCAUGCUAAUAUAAAUAUGAUGUAUCAUAUACGCAUAUUAGAUAUAAAAGCACCGACGUAUAACACUGCCAAUGAUAAAUACUGUUCUCUAAUUUAACUAAAGCACUCUUGUUAUACCGGAAAAAACACGAGGCAAUUCGCGAAGGCACUUUGCCUGUGAAAGCAUCGUCGUAUAUUCGUGGACACUCUAAUUAAGAAUAUGUAAAAGCACGAAAUAUAUGAAUAAUCUUUCAAAGUUACCCGAGCUCGCGGCGUCUCCUACGACUUUUAUAAUGCUUCCUAAAUGUUCGCUAUAUACGUCAAGAAAUAUUCUUGUGAUCAGUGAUGGCGAACGUAUUUAGUAAUAUAAAAUCCGUCGCAUACUUUUACAUUUAAUUUGAAGAAAAGACUCGACAGAUGCAGAGAGGAUUAAAAUUGUUCAGGUGGAAAAUUAGCUGAGAUUGGAAACGUAUCCAAAGUACUUUUGCAAUUCAACAUAAUACGUAUUCAGUAGUAAUACGAAUUCGAAGUAAUUCAAUAGUUUUAUUAUUGAAUAAGGAACCUCCAAAGUUCGCGUUUGAAUAAUAGGAUAUUAAGUUACGCGGAAAUUAUGAAGGUCACAUCUAUAAAGCACGGAAUAUAAUCUGAGUACGGCCCAUCACUGCUUGUAACAUAAAAUACGCUAGAAAUAUACGUUACAGCGAUCUCUAACCCACAAUUACACGUAUGUAAAGUUAAGAUCAAUUAUCCAAGUCCUAUGUGCUCAUAUCAUUCGCUCAGAUAUUAUCUAAUCGUGAACGACCAUCACUGCCAUAAAGAAGGUACAUCAAUCGAUGUACUGGCGAGUUUUGUGAAGGCUACCUAUUAUGUCCAAUAUGUCUAGUCAUAUACGAUGACAAAGUGAACAGCGUACGGGAAGCUCAUUUGACGUUCAUAUCCUUAGGCGUUUCAAAUCGAUUUCUUUUUUACAGUAUUUUGUAAAUAUUUGUACUUUUUUAUCUACGUCGUACUUAUGAAUUUUUGGAAUAGUAUGUGCUACGAUUAAAUAAAGAUGAGAAAAAAAAUACAAUGCGCAUCAUGAUUUCAUUGCGAUCCAUAUCCUUAU